AGGUUGGCUUGAAGGUAGCUCAGAACUUCCAGAGCUUCGUUCCGGCUGACGUCAAUGGCAGCUUUGGCCAUCCCUGGGCCUGCAAGCGGAAGUGCGCACGCUUUGCUGCGGGGCACUGUGCCUUCGGCGAUCGCUGUGGAUAUUGCCAUUUGACUCAUACUGGUGGAUCGACCCUGGACAAGAGGCAACGCUCCAUGAUGAGUGCCUUGACAGAGGCUCAGCAGGUGGACCUCUUGAAGUGGAGCCUCCAGGAGCGUGCGUCGACCCAAGGUGCUUUCUUUCAGCAAGUGGUCGAUGAGUUCAUCACUGUGGUGGAGCAACACUUCCGACUCGCUGGUGAUUGGAGCUCUGGACAUCACCAUCAGGCUUGGAGAAGCAUGGAGAAGGCUCUCCGAAAGCUGGACUUCUCAGCGCCAUUGUGCAUGUUGGUGAGCAAGUCUCAGUACUCCCCAGAACUUUUGGCUGCUGAAGAGCGCCUCCGUGGACAGCUGCAUCUUCUAGACGAGGAGUGAAUGAACAAGCUGCGUCAUGAAGUGGCAAGGCAUUGUGCCGUUGCCUAUGACGGCUGAUGAAUACAAGGGGCUUACUUGGCCAAUAUUGGCGAAGUGGCUCGGGCUCGGCGAGUCCGGGCAGUCGCAGCAGGCACAGUAAAAUGCCAAGGCGGUCAAAGACCGUAAAGCUGUGAUGGCCUUUGGAUUGAACUUUGCAGGGUGCUGGCCAGAAGUUGGCAAAGAUCGCACCUCCGCAAACGCAAGUGGAUUAUGGUCCAACACUUUAAGGCUACCAUUUCAGCAGGUAGCUCCAGGGAUCGUGGACGCCGCCACGAACUGAGAGAACUCCCUAAUUUUCCGCUGUGGAAUGUGGAGUGGAUGCAGGGAUGGAGUGGGUACGGGAACUGCGCC